AUGGAUGUUCAAGUUUCUAACUUUGCACUACCCCAAUGUAGGCUCCGAACAGGAAUGCAAGGUGCCUUUGGAAAGUCCCAGGGCACUGUGGCCAGGGUUCGCAUUGCCCAGGUUAUCAUGUCCAUCUGCACCAAGCUGCAGAACAAGGAGCACAUGAUUGAGGCCCUGCGCAGGGCCAAGUUCAAGUUUCCUGGCCACCAGAAGAUCCACAUCUCAAAGAAGUGGGGCUUCAUCAAGUUCAAUGCCGAUGCAUUUGAAGACAUGGUGGCUGAGAAGCAGCUCAUCCCAGAUGGCUGUGGGGUCAAGUACAUCCCCAGUUGUGGCCCUCUGAACAAGUGGCAGGCCCUGCACUCAUGAAGGCUUCCACUGUGCUGCCCCCUCUUAAUAUUCACCAAUACGUUCUAC